GUGUUUCCUUUAUGGAAGGGAAGGAGAGGCUGACUUGAAACUCUUGCUUCCUAUGUAGUCUUUUAUGCCCUAGACACUGGAAGAAAAGCAGGUUUUGCAGGCUGAGCAGAUCAUUGCUGCAACAGAGAACAGGAUCAGGUGAGUUACAAGAAAGAGAGUGCAAGGGAGGAAGGAAGGAAGGAAACACAUCAAGGCAAAGUGUAGUCCCCCAAUGACCAACCGAUCGCCACGUUCCCUGGCCAAAAAAAUGGCUGCCAUGGAGGAUGGAAGGGAGUCAGCCCAAGGACUCCAGAUCCAAGCUGGGCUUGAAAAGGCAAUGAAGACGGAACAGAUGGAUCCUUCUGGCUCAGAGCUUGGACAGAGCUCCUCGUCUGCCAUCUUGGGUGAGGGCACCAUGGAGAGGGAGGGUUCGAAUGAAUUGGGAGACAUGAAACCAGAGCCAGAGGAAAAGCUCCAACAGUGCUGGGAAGCCCAAUGGCAGCAUUUCUUGAAGGACGUGGUGGCCACCGAGUCAAAAGGGGACGGCUCCCAGGUACUGGCCUCCCUGGGUCACGCCAAAGCUUUUCUGUCUCACUUAGGCCACAGCAGCCAGCAUGGAGGAAAGACAUUGGCCCACUUUCUGCCCAGUUUGAGGGAAGAGGCACAGAAGACCAACUGCGACAACGCCCAAACAGCUGAGGACAAGGAAAGCUGCGGUGAUGUAGAGGAAGAGAUUCCAGAGGCUGAGAUCCCAGAAGUGCAGCGCCAGCGCUUCAGGCAAUUCCGCUACCAAGAGGCUGAGGGGCCCCGGAGAACUUGCCAUCAGCUCUGGGAACUUUGCCAUCAGUGGCUGGUGCCCGAGAAGCACACAAAGGAGCAGAUACUGGAACUGGUGAUCCUGGAGCAGUUCCUGGCCAUCCUGCCCCACAGGAUCCGGCACCGGGUUCAAGAAGGUGGGCCGGAGACCUGUUCCCAGGCUGUAGCCCUAGCAGAGAGUUUCCUACUGGGGCUACCGGAAGAGCAGACGCCAGAGCCAUUCAGAGAGGAGGGCAACAAUUUCCUCAAUGCGGAGAUGGGUUCACCUGAUGCUUUCAAGAGGACCUCUGCGAGUUCAAUCAAACAAGAAAAUGAGGGAGAUGCCACUUCUUUCGGAGGUGACAAGAGGCUCCGCAGGACAAAGGCAAGCCAACCAGAAAAUCCUGGGGAAAGGAAAACCUAUGGAAUUUUGCCUGCAGAGGCUGUAUCUGGCCCUGCUGACCAAAGCGAAGCAGCCUCUGAUAACAGAAAAGGAAAUAGCUCAGGGAAGAAAUGGGACAGAUUAGACAAGAGUGGUCUUCCUGAAAAUAAAAAUACCCGUUCAGCGGAAAGACGGUAUCAGUGCUCCUUCUGUGAGAAAAGCUUUAAACACAGAUCCACACUGACAGUCCAUCAGCGCACCCAUACGGGAGAGAGGCCAUAUACCUGCUCACACUGUGAGAAAAGCUUCAUGCAUCGGUCCAACCUUAUUGUCCAUGAGAGAACCCACACGGGAGAGAAGCCCUACAAGUGCCUGGACUGUGGGAAAAGCUUCUGCCACCGCUCCAACCUGAUUGCACACGAAACGGUCCACGCGGCAGGGGCUAUGUACCAGUGUGUGGAGUGUGGGGAACGCUUUGAGCACCUCUCCCACCUCAACGCGCACAAGCCGGUCCACCUGGAGGAGAAACCCCAUGAAUGCUCGGACUGUGGGAAGAGCUUUAAUCAACGCUCGGCGCUCACAGACCACAAGAGGACCCACCGAGAGGAGAAGCCACACAAGUGUUCCCAGUGUGGGAAAACUUUCAGCAAGAGGUCAGCCCUCAUUGUCCACGAGAGGACCCACAAGGAAGAAAAGCCAUACCACUGCUCAGAUUGUGGGGAGAGCUUUAGCGAGAGGUCCGUUCUUGUGGCUCAUGAGAGAAUCCAUGUUGGGGAGAGACUUUGUUCGCAGCUUGCUCCUUACUACACAUAAGAGAAUCCAUACAGGAGAGAAAUACGGAUGCUUGCUCCUUACUACACAUAAGAGGAUCCAUACAGGAGAGAAAUACAGAUGCUUGCUCCUUACUACACAUAAGAGAAUCCAUACAGGAGAGAAAUACGGAUGCUUGCUCCUUAUUACACAUACAAGAAUUUAUACAGAAGAGAAGUGCAGAUGUUUUCUCCUUAUUACACAUCAGAGAAUCUAUACAGGAGAGAAAUAUGGAUGCUUGCUCCUUAUUACACAUACAAGAAUCUGUACAAAAGAGAAGUACGGGUGUUUGCACCUUAUUACACAUAAAAGAAUUAGUACAGGAGAGAAGUACAGAUGCUUGCCCCUAUUACACAUAAGAGAAUCCAUUUGGAGUGAAGCAUGGAUGCUUUCUCCUUAUUACACACCAGACAAUCUAUACAGGAGAGAAAUAUGGGUGUUUGCUCCUUAUUACCCAUCAGAGAACCCAAACGGGAGAAAAACAAUAUGAAUCCUCCAGCUGCGGGGAAAGUGUUAGUUCUCAACAGCUCCUCUUUAUUAGAAGAUAAUUACAUUUGAAAGAGAGACCAUUCAACAUAUGUACGAGUCAACAUAUAUGUUUCACCAAUCAGAAAGGACAUUGUAAAGCUGGAGAAAGCUGCAGAAAAGUGCCAGGUCAGUCACUCAGCUUGGAAGAGUGGCCCUGUUGCCUAGGAGAGUCUGGAACUUGUAGUCCAAAAAACCCCCCAAAUCUUUCCUACAUUCGGCCCAGUGAUUAGGAGGCCAUAGCAAACUGCCUGUGAGAAAAGGCUCUGAUGUUUAGGAUUAGUAUAGAAAAAAGGAUAGUAAAAAGGGAAAGCAUGAUAGAGUUGUAUAAAGUUAUGCAUGGUGUAGAGGGAGUGGAUAAGGAUAAAUUUGUUUCCUUUGAUUAAAAUAGAUCCUGAGGUUAUCCACUGAAGCUGAAUCAUGGGAGACUGAGGGCAGGGAAAAGAAAGUACAUCUUCACACUGUGCAUAGUUAAAAUGUGGAAUUCCCCACCACAGGAUUCAGGGAUGGCUGCCAACAUGGAUGGCUUUAAAAGGGAAUUGGAUAGAUUUGUGGAGAUUAGGACCAUCAGUGGCUACUAGUCAUGAUGGCUGUACAUCGCCUCCAGUAUCAAUGGCCUCUGCAUAUCACUUGUUGGAUGAUGUGUGUGUUGUGUACCCAAUGUCCUGCUUUUCAGCCUUUCUGUGAGUUAUUUGUUGGCCAUUGUUCUGGAAUUGGUAGGCCUCUGGUUUAUUCCAGCAGGAUUCUUCUUGUGACUAAAAUAUUUGAAGAGAACAUUAUCGUGAAUUAGGAACACUGUCAUCAUUCCUGCCUUUUUUUUUUUUUUUUGUGGACUUGCAUUUUCUGGGACAUUUCUUUGACGUCUUCAGAUCAUCAUGCUCCUGACUUUUGCUCAUGAUUUUUUUUCUUUCUAUUCUGUGGUGUUUUUUAAAUUUUUAAAUUAGCAUUAAUUUUAUUUGAGUAUGAUUUAUACCUUGCUUUGUUUCAUAAUCAAAAUUGGGAUUCCCAGCAACUAACGAGAUUGCAAAGCAGGUUCAAAUAAAAGCACAAUGUGAACACAGUCAAACCAAUUAUGAUUUUAAAAUUAAAGCUGAAUUAAAAGCAUUGUAAAAGCACAUGAAUAAAAGGCA